UUCCGUUCCUCUCAACCCCAAGCAGGAGGAGGUUCUCGACGGCCAGUCACCGAGAACGUUAGGGGAAGGUCUCAGCCGCCGUGUCCGAGAGGAGGCCGGAGGCCGGACCCCACGUGCGGCGGAGGAAGAAGGAAGGCCGCAGGAGGGUUUUCCCUCUGUUCUGUUCCCAAAAAGAAAGACUUGCAAUCAGUGUGUGGACAACCUGUAUUUUCAAGCCGCAUCAUUGGUGGGCAGGAUGCUGCUAUCAGACGCUGGCCUUGGCAAGUCAGCCUUCAUUUGGACAGGGCCCCCAUCUGCGGAGGGUCCCUCAUCAGUAAGAACUGGAUACUGACCGCCGCACACUGCCUACCAAAAACCUCAGCUUAUUCAUACAGCGUUUGGCUGGGAUCCCUUAAAGCAGACGCCUCAAAUAAAGGCAAGGUAUACUAUGUGUCCCGAAUCGUCAUCCACCCCAAAUAUGAUGGCUCAAACGCAGACAUUGCCUUGCUCAGACUGUCCUCCCAAGUCACCUUCUCUGCGGACAUCCUACCCAUCUGCCUGCCCAGUACCUCAAAGCAGCUGAAGAUCCCAGCUUCUUGUUGGGUGACUGGAUGGGGACUAGUUAAGGAGAAUGCAGGUGAUAAUUACCCUCAUACCCUGCAGGAAGCUGAAGUACCUGUCUUUACCCGCCAGGAGUGUGAACAACUCUAUAAUCCAAUCGGCGGCUUUCUGCCGGCAUUGGAGUCAGUCAUCAAGGAAGACAUGAUUUGUGCUGGUGAUAUUAUAAACAAGAAGGAUAGUUGUAAGGGCGACUCUGGAGGGCCGCUGUCCUGUCAUAUUGGUGGCAUUUGGAUUCAAAUAGGAGUGGUUAGCUGGGGAGUGCAAUGUGGUCAAAGGCUUCCUGGGGUCUAUACCAGUGUGAUCUACUAUCAACAAUGGAUUAAUGACACUGCCUCAAGAGCUGCAGUCUUGGGAGCCAAUGAUCCUGACUCAUUUGACUUCCUGUUCCCUAUGAUACUACUCUCUCUGGCUCUCCUGGGGCCUUUCUGGGCCUUUGGGCCUAACAUACCUGGAGAGUAGGUGACAUAGAUGAAAUGAAAAGAGGGCUGGAAGGCCAAGAGCGUAAAUCCCAGGGGGCAGGGAGCUCACAAGAGUCACCGGAAAUCCUGCAUGACUUCCUUUAUAAUUUGAAAUGAUUAAGGUUCAUUGUUUUGUGUUUCUGAUGUUGGAAUGUGAAUAAACUAAGCAAAUAUCA